AUGGCGGCGGCCCUCCGGCUGAGGCAACUGGAACUGAUCACACCCUUCCAGCUGUAUUUCAACCCCGAGCUCAUAUUUAAACACUUCCAAGUAUGGAGGUUAAUCACAAACUACUUGUUCUUUGGACCAGUUGGCUUUAAUUUUUUAUUUAACAUGAUCUUUUUAUAUCGUUACUGCCGAAUGCUUGAAGAAGGCUCUUUUCGAGGUCGGACAGCAGAUUUUGUAUUUAUGUUCCUAUUUGGAGGGCUUUUAAUGACUCUCUUUGGCCUGUUUGUGAACUUGGUUUUCUUGGGUCAGGCAUUCACAAUAAUGCUCGUGUAUGUGUGGAGCCGCAGGAAUCCCUACGUCCGUAUGAACUUUUUUGGUCUUCUCAUCUUUCAAGCCCCAUUUCUACCCUGGGUACUGAUGGGCUUUUCACUGCUUCUGGGGAACUCCAUCAUUGUGGAUCUCCUGGGCAUUGCUGUUGGACAUAUAUAUUUCUUCUUAGAGGAUGUCUUUCCCAAUCAGCCCGGUGGUGGAAGGCUUCUCAGAACGCCGUCUGUCCUGAAAGCAAUAUUUGAUACCCCGGAAGAUGAUCCUAAUUACAAUCCCUUGCCAGAGGAACGACCGGGAGGAUUUGCGUGGGGAGAAGGCCAGCGCCUUGGAGGCUAAUAAAUGUCUGUGCCAAAACCCAGCGACAACUGGGAGAGACUGACCUGAAUAAAGUUCCAUACUGGGGACUCUCAUUCCCCGUCGCAGAAAGGACGCUUUUUGACAACUCUAUGGUUUUGAACACAAGCACUUUAUGAAAUGGCAGUCUAAUCCAAGACACUUCCAGGCUACCAGUGUCUUUCCCAAUCAGGGAAUUUAUUGUGCUGGUAAUGGAAAUACUAAUCCAAUGGAGCCAAAAACGUAAAACUGGAAACCACUUCCUGUCAAUUUCAGUUAACAAGACCAUAGGUACUUCUUUAAAGUGAUUUCUAAAGCAUUUUUUCAAGUAUUUGAUACAGGAAACUUUACAGGGGACAAAACCAACUUUUGGGGGUUUAACUCAUUUUUUUAUUCUUGGAUAAAACAGCUACAAGAUGG